AUUUCUUUUGAGGUUUUGUGUGUUUCGUGUGAAAAUGGCGGACCAAGUCAUGCCGAAUGCCGAAAAUGUAAACGAUAACGCAAAUUCCGUAGCAACCAACGCGAAAUCGGUUUCGGAAGAAGAUGCCAAAAAGGCAGAAGAGUUUAAAGAUAAAGCAAAUGAGUUUUUCAAAAAUCAAGAUUACAACCAGGCCAUCACAUUUUACACCCAAGCUAUAGAUCUCAAUCCCACCAUAGCGGCCUACUAUGGUAACCGCAGUUUUGCAUAUCUCAGGACAGAGUGCUUCGGUUAUGCACUAAAUGAUGCAACGGCAGCCUUAAAGUAUGAUCCCAAAUACAUCAAGGCUUACUACCGAAGAGCGUCGGCAAACAUGGCCUUGGGCAAGUUUAAACUGGCUCUUAAGGAUUUUGAAACUGUAGUGAAAGUGUGCCCAGGUGACAAAGACGCACAAAAAAAGUAUUCAGAAUGUGGAAAGAUUGUAAAAAUGAAUGCCUUUGCUCGAGCGAUAGCGGUCGAUGACAACAAAUCUAUAGCUGACUCCCUAGAAAUUGCUAGCAUGACUAUAGAAGACGAUUACUCGGGCCCAUGCUUAGACAAUGGGAAAGUGACACAGAAGUUUGUGCAGGAACUUAUGGAUACUUUCAGGGACCAGAAAGGUCUACACAAGAAGUUUGCUUACCAGAUUCUACUAGACGUAAAGAAGCUAUUCCAAGAGCAACCUUCCUUAGUAGACAUAACAGUGCCUGAUGGUGCAAAGUUCACAGUGUGUGGGGAUAUUCACGGCCAAUACUACGAUCUGCUCAACAUAUUUAAGAUAAAUGGACAGCCAUCAGAAUCAAAUCCUUAUUUAUUUAAUGGUGAUUUUGUGGACCGAGGCUCGUUCUCUGUGGAAUGUAUAUUCACAUUGUUUUCAUUCAAGCUUCUCUACCCCAACCACUUCUUCAUGUCGAGAGGAAACCAUGAAAGCUAUACCAUGAACCAGAUGUAUGGUUUUGAAGGAGAAGUCAAACACAAAUUCACAGCCAAGAUGGCCGACCUGUUCACAGAAGUGUUCAACUGGCUACCUCUAUGCCACUGUAUCAACGGCAAAGUAUUGGUGAUGCAUGGAGGUUUGUUCAAGGACGACUCAGUGACGUUGGAUGAUAUUAGAAAGUGUGAUAGGAACAAACAACCGCCCGAGGAGGGCAUCAUGUGCGAGCUGCUGUGGUCGGACCCUCAGCCUCAGUGUGGUAUCUCGGAGAGCAAGCGAGGCACCGGGUCACAGUUUGGUCCGGACGUGACCAAGCGGUUUCUGCAGCGUAACAAACUCGACUAUGUCAUACGGAGCCAUGAGGUGAAGAACAAAGGUUACGAGAUCGCACAUGACGGCAAAUGCAUAACUGUCUUCUCUGCGCCAAACUACUGUGAUACUAUGGGGAACCAAGGAGCCUUUAUAACACUGAAGGGAGGCGAUCUCACACCAAAAUACACAUCAUUUGAUGCUGUGCCACACCCACAGGUGAAAGCCAUGCAGUAUGCCAGCUCUCUGUUUGGAUUGUUCUAGCACCAGCGGCUAAUGUGUGAAACUAAGUUCUUAUACCAUAAGUGAAUUAUGCUAUUCUUAUUUCAAUCAUCACUACAAAUAUUGAAAUGGGAUGAAUUUCAAUAAUGAAAAAAUUCAUUUACCUGAAAAUAUAAGUGUUUGCCCAGAUAAAAAUACAUGUGGUGUGAGUAUACGUUAACUGUUUACAUUGUAUACUCCCAUUUUACAUUAAUCUAGACUCAUUUUAUGCAACCAGAUGUGUCAGUGUUUGUUAAUGAUUUGAUAUUGAUGAAUAAAUAUGAUUUUAAUACAA